AUUGCACACACACUCUCAAACAAGCUCUUUCAGCUUCUCCGCUCACCAACCAGGCGGACGAUCAAUCUUAGCAUCUCCGCUGCAAGAUCUCGCAGCUGUUUACCAAGCUGGGAGAUCGACCGUGUGACGCACCCACCACCGAAUUUCUCUGAACCUGCAAGUGAUGUCGGUUCCGAAACUGCAGAGUCGGACGCCGGUUGUUGUUACGCUUCCUCUGCCGAUUCUCUCCUCGUCGUUUCCUUUUAUUCCUCUGGUGUCGUUCGGUACUCGUGUGUACGCUUAUGUGUACAGCGGGGUUUGCGAGGCUGCAUCCCUUUGAGACAGCGGUGUGGCGUUGGCAAAGAGGGUGCGGUAUUGAGGGUGGAGGGAGACGUUCACCCGUUGAAUUUAAAUGCAGCUGGAUAUAUGUUUCUUUUAGCCACGGGGAUAAGACGGGAAGUCUUUAGUUUCGGUGCCGAGGAAAUGCUUUACAGGAUUGUGGCAGAACUUGGUGACAAGCUUUCUCGAUAGAAUUGUUGACUGGUGACACUAUUACCCUCUCGCGUUUCUUCAGGUUUCAGAUUCUGUGGGUACAUUGACUUAGAAAUAGCAUGUCUAACAUUCUGAGGAUAUGCUACUUAGAUUGUUUUAGUGUCUGCGCUUGUAAAUGUUUCCUUUUGACACCAUGAAACGUUCUGAAGUUUCGGCCGCAUCUUUUUCGUUGCUUUUACAGUCGAAACCUAAGACAAUUUUCUAACAUCUUGAUCUUUGCCUCCUCUUUGCAGGAUGAGCCGAAUUCCUUCAUACGGACAACGUAGAAUGAUGUUUUAUCACAAGCGCCACUUGCUUGGAACAGGCUUCUUGGAAGUUUUAAAGGUUAGUAUAUGGUUAUGUAAAGCAUAGUGCACUGUGUAUCUACGAUAUCAAUGAGGGCUGUGCAAGAGUGCAGUUCACACAGUACAUUGUAACAGCACGCUUUACAUUGUUGUCUUGAUUCGUCCAAGAGGAUGAGUUCUUCUACAUCCUCGUCGGACCAGUCGAGUUCUGAUUCGGAAGACACAAUAGUUCAUCGUAGUCGACAGCGGAAAAGAUUGGCACGAGAGCGAUCUGAGUCAGACUGUGAUUCUGACUCUGGUUGUGACUCUGACCAUGUCACCUCUAGAACUCGUCUUAGAAAGACACGAAGGAGGACCGCGCAACAUUCCAGAACCUCCGAUGAGCCUGCUGAAGUUGCUGCAGAUAGACUUAGGACGAAGAAGAGAAACAAUGCUAGAGUGACGGAGGCAGUAUGGACACCAGCCAAGACGGUAAGGAUAACUUACGAUAUCGGAAUGAAACACGCAUGCAUGAACCCUGUGCAUGGGAAAGCCAUGACAACCUACACAGUGUUGCAUCUUGUAAGCUGUCCAUGGAAGAAUAACGUGAGCAUGAUGACCGCCACUCCACCUACGAACAAGUCGAAGCUUUACCAGUACUGCCACAAAUUGUGUGAGCCUUGCCUCAACAAGUAUGGGCCACGGUGCUUUAAGUGCGACCCCCCGGAAACGGAGAAGACGCCCUUACUUAACACGGUGUUCGGAGAGGAAGCCAUCACCAGCGUCAAGGAUUUCCUGGAUUCGGUCCAGAAAUGGCAGCAACGUCGAGAAAUUGCCGAAGUUCCUUUUCUUGUGCUACAUUGCACCGUGCUUGGUAAGGAAGCGAGGUUGAUACGCCAGAGGUUUGAUUUGCGGAGGUGGACUGUGGUGCACAUUGUUUACUCCGAUGUGCGAGACAAGAUGGAGCCAGGCGGGAGCGGCACGAACCUCGCGGAUUCCAAGUUCAAAGAUUCCUGGAUCACGAUCAUGAAGGAGAAAGUAUAUAUUCAGAAUCAGCCUAUGGUGUCAUUCUUCGGCAACAUUCUCUUGAAUAACCUAACUUUUGAGGAUUUUAAGGUGCACGACGUGAUGGUGAUGUACCAGCCGAAGAUCUUCAAUACCUUUGAAGCACGUGCGUUGAGGGCGGCCCUCAAUUCCUUGUACACAUACACCCCGACGUCCAAUGCCGAAAAUGAAGCAAGCGUCUCAUCCUUCGGUAGCUGUCUACACGAUGCAGUUGUGCACACGCAACGGACGCCGGUUACGAAAGAAGAUCAAUGCCUGUUUGAGAAUGGCAACAUCGUAGCAACCCAGUUCUACAAGAGCAUUACGGAGUACUUCGGAGGGAAGAUAGUUUCGGAGCUCGAGCAACGAGCUUGUCUUGGCCAGGACUUGAGAGUUGGAGAUGAAGGCUUGAAGGUGCCCUUCCACUGCAUGUACAUUGCUAGAGGAGGUGAAGUGAAAUUCCGGCGAGGCACCAAUGCAACGCAUGAUGUCGCUCGACGAGCUGGAGAUGCGCGCUCCCGGAUAUGCACGAGCGACACCUCCGCAUACGAAAUUGUGUGUUGGACAUCAUGUGGUGCACCCCAAGGGGGCGAUUUCGUCAUCCCCGGCUUGAUGUACAAAUUUCAAACUGAUCAAGGCAGCGCCCUCAUCUUUCGCCCGAAACGCUUCUUCCAUGCCACGCUUCCGGCGGAGAAUCGGGACUUAGGAAACGAAAAAUAUGCUGCAGCGUUUGUGACUCCAAAAUGAUAUUUGAUGCAGAAUGCAACGCUCAAAACCCUUGUAUACAUCAACGGCCUCCACUUAUCUGUAUGUGUUGGACGGGUAUUUUGAAUGCUUUCAAUGUCCACCAGUACAUGCAAUUGCUCAAGUUUGCCAUUGUUCCAGAUUUA